AUGGCAAACAGAUCCAGGAGCAAUGCAGUCACAAUGGCAAAGUCAAUCCUCCUCAUCAACGGCCCCAACCUAAACCUCCUUGGCACCCGCGAGCCGCACAUCUACGGAUCAACCACACUGUCCCAGCUCGAGACGCAAUCAAAAGAACACGCAAAGUCCCUCGGCGCAGACCUUCAAUCCUUCCAAUCCAACACCGAGGGCGCCAUCGUCGAGCGCAUACACGCGGCGCGGGGCAACGUCGACGUCAUCAUCAUCAACCCGGCCGCCUACACGCACACCAGCGUCGCCAUCCGCGACGCGCUGUUGGGCGUUGAUAUCCCCUUCAUCGAGCUGCACAUUAGCAACACACACGCGAGAGAAAGCUUCAGGCAUCACAGCUAUUUGAGCGAUAAGGCGGUGGCGGUUAUUAUGGGGUUGGGAAUCCAUGGGUACGGAUAUGCGAUUGAUCAUGCCGUGAAGAAUAUUAAGCCCAAGGCAUAA